AUGGCUUCUGUGCACCGCCGCCCGUCGUGGUUGUGGUUGUGUGAGAAGGGAGGGUCGGCGUUUUGCGUGCCGGUCGCUCUGCCGUUUUGGGACUAGUGCAGCCCGGAUGCACAAUCGCUCAUUCUCCGUCACCGCGCAGGCUCCAGGCAGCAUCAAAGGCCACCGACAUUAUCACGCUUCUUGGUCCUCCCGCUGCGCACCAUCCGAUGAAAGCGCCCCGAUGAGCUCUGAUUCCCAGUCACAGCGCUUCAUCCCCCCGAGCCGCCGGCGGGACAAGCCGAUUCUCUCGUGCACCCUCUGCCGUCGCAGGAAGCUGAAAUGCGACCGACGGCAACCAUGCAAAGCCUGCGUGGAUCGCGGAUUGUCGCUGUCGUGCACCUACGCCCGGAGUCCCCUUGCGCCAGCAACCGCCGAGGCCAAGGCAUCUCACAAUGUCCAUGACCGGAUCAACCAGCUGGAAAGGCUCGUCACUGCUCUUAUGGAUGCCAAACAAAUUGGAAAUCCGCACAGCCCGACUCCAUUCGCCGCCACCGCUCCAUCUUAUCGUGCAAACGAGAGCAAUGAGACCGCAGGUGCCGAUGAUGCCGACAUACCCGGCACUCCAGCCCGCAUGAAAAUGGAAAGCGAUGAGACCAGCUACACGAGCAGCGGUCACUGGACAAGUAUCUUGGAUGGCAUCGCGGAACUGAAAGAACAUCUAGACGACAUCCCCACCAAAUCGCAGGCUCAGAACCUUGCCGAAAUACCCGGGCCUGAUCUUCUCUUCGGUCGCCAGAGACAUGCUACGAAGCAAGAGAUUCUUGCCAGCCUCCCGCCAAGAUCUGAAGCAGAUCAGCUUGUCGUCAGAUAUUAUGCAUUCAUGGACAUGGCUCCAAUGCUACUCCAUAGGCCGACCUUCCUUCGUGAGUAUGAUCAGUUCUGGGAGAACCCUGCUCAGACCCCCAUCAUGUGGAUUGGGCUCUUGUAUGGCGUCUUCUCGAUUGCGUGUCGCUUCCAGUCCAUCCUAGAGGAGCAAAACUAUCCCGUUCCUGACCCCACGGAAAUUACUUUUUCCUCCGCGAAGAUGGACGUCUACCGCGAGAAGGUCGUCCAAUGCCUCAUUCUAGCGAACUACGCCAAAUGUCCCCCGUACACGAUUGAAACGUUCCUGUCAUAUUUUGUCCUUGAGUAUCUCCGCUCCCGAGAUACUCAGUUUGGCACAUGGAUCAUCGUUGGCAUGCUUGUACGCACAGCAUUCCGGAUGGGCUAUCACCGGGAACCAUCGAGAUUUCCCAACGUCUCCCCAUUCAAAGCCGAGAUGAGGCGCAGAAUAUGGGCUAUGAUUGUGCAGCUCGACCUUAUGUCUUCGGUGCAGAUUGGCCUACCAAGAAUGAUUCAGCCGUCAAUGCACGAUGUAAAGGAGCCAAGGAACUUGACCGAUGACGACCUAGAUGAAAAGAUGACCGAGCUCCCUCCUUCGAGGCCGGAUACAGAGUCAACAGCGAUGCUGUAUACCGUCAUCCGCAAUCGGGUCCUGCUGAUUUUUGCACGUAUCAUGGAUCUUACAAACGCGACGGAGCAGCCACCGUAUCGUGAAGUACUGGAAGUCGACUCUGCUCUACGAAGCUUGUACGAUAGCAUCCCGAUAUCUUUGAAGGGCGCGAGGGCAAAAGAUAUCGAUUUGGCGUCUGGUGAUGGUGUUCCUAGCACCGAUGGGAUGCGCAAGCUGUAUCUCGGCCUCACCUUCCUUAAAGCACAGCUCAUGCUGCAUCGGCCGUAUCUACUUCUCGGACGGACAGACCCCAGAUACGAAUACUCCCGAUCCGCAUGUAUCGAUGCGGCUCUUGAGAUCCUCGAGUUCCAGAGACUGCUCGAUGCUGAGUCUCGCCCUGGCGGUAAACUUUGGGCUAUCCAGUGGCGGCUGUGGACUGUGAGUUGGCGGCUUUCAUCCCUGGUCAAUCACGACUUUUUGCUUGCUACUACUGUGCUUACGCUCGAUCUCGAUCGCGACCUAGCUGCUCCUUUGCCAGUGUCAGAGCCCAGCAUUACCAAUCGCGUUCGAUUCACCACUGGGCAGCCAACGCGCGCAGAGAUUGUCGAAGCGUUGACGGGCGCCUACUCUAUUUGGAUAUCGGCAAGCGAGAAGUCACGGGAGGCCGCUAAGGUUGCCGCCGCGGUGAAGCUUGUGCUCGGUAAAGCAAGUGCUCCCGUGGAAACUCCGCAAGUAACUGCACCAAGCCCUACUCAGCCGGACCCGUUGGCGUAUUUCUCGCAACUGCCCGCAUCCAACAGAACUGGAGAUGUCAUAGCUUCGCCGUCCUUUUUUGGCCUGGGAGACGACGCAAACCUAAAUACUCCCUUCCCGAUGGGCGACAUGCCCAUGGACUUCGGCGGCUCUUUCAAUUGGGGUGGCUUAGAGUCCGACUAUCAGAUGCCAAUCUUCGAGCAGAAUCUGCAGAGUUCUUAUUUUGGAUGACUAGGUUUCAUGGUUAUGCACGAUCCUGUGACCACUGUAUCAGCUCUCUCUACUUCCUGUAUACUAGACAUGCCUCUCUAGACGUUAAUAGAUACCCAUUUUACC